AGAGAGAGAGUUAAGAAGAGGAAGAAGUGCCAGUAAGAUUCGAUUGGCGCUGUCCGCAGAGUUUUCCUUUCGUUUUCCUUACACGACCAGACGACGCUUAAAUUACAACUCCGGCCCCAAUGGCAGCGACACUGCGAAGAUUCCACGGCUUGCGGCUGCUGAAAUCCGCGCCAGCCCUCAACCUCCAGCAGGCCAAGAACCUCUCCUCCGCCGGCAGUUGGGUAAAUGGCAACAAGAAGCUGAUCGGAGCUAUGGGAGCGAUCACCGGCGGUGUUGGAGCCCUUCUCUUUGCCCUGGAGCAAUCGGUCCAGGCAUCCGGCAGUGAGGUGCACGCCCCCGCCCAGCCCUGGAGCCACAAGGGCCUCUUCUCCUCGCUGGACCACCAGGGUAUCCGUCGUGGCUACGAGGUCUACAAGCAGGUGUGCUCCGCCUGCCACUCGAUGCAAUACAUUGCCUACCGCAAUCUGGUUGGUGUCAGCCACACCGAAGCCGAAGCCAAGGCUGAAGCCGAGCAGAUCACGGUCAAGGACGGCCCUGACGAUUCCGGUAACUACUACGACCGUCCCGGCAAGUUGUCGGACUACUUCCCGUCGCCUUAUCCCAACGAGGAGGCGGCCCGUGCUGCCAACAACGGCGCCUAUCCGCCGGAUCUGAGCUACAUUGUGUCGGCGCGCAAGGGUGGCGAGGACUAUAUCUUCUCGCUGCUUACGGGCUAUCAUGAUGCCCCCGCCGGUGUGGUGCUACGCGAGGGACAGUACUUCAACCCGUACUUCCCUGGCGGUGCCAUUUCCAUGGCCCAGGUGUUGUACAAUGAGGUCAUUGAGUACGAGGAUGGAACUCCGCCGACGCAGAGCCAGCUGGCCAAGGAUGUGGCCACUUUCUUGAAGUGGACCUCCGAGCCGGAGCACGACGAUCGCAAGCAGCUGCUGAUCAAGGUUAUUGGCAUCCUCGGCUUCCUGACCGUCAUCUCGUAUUACAUUAAGCGACACAAGUGGUCUGCGCUCAAGUCGCGAAAGAUCGUAUUCGUGCCCAAGGAGAAGUAGAGUGUUUGAAUUUGAUUUUGAUGGUGUGAAGAAUUGCAGUGUUAUCGCGGCUUUACCGACUAAUAAAGAUAAAUCAAUUUUAAGCAAAACCAAAUACACACAAAAAACCAGCAUUCGCAGCCACCAAGUCAAUGUUCUCUCUCCAACAACAAAAAAAAAACAGCAAAAAAACAAUUACAAACUAUGCCAUUUGCGAGAGCUAACACUAAGAUCUUAAUUAAAGUAGCUAAAACAAUAUAAUGCCCUGGGAUAUGAAGAAACCGAUUAUAUGAGCCCAUUGGCUGAUUUACGAUCGGGGGAUCCAAGUUGACGAAAAAAGAAAACAAGAGCCUAGCAAAAUGAAUCAUGGAUAAUGUUACAUUGAUUGUGUAUAGCAUCGAUAAUUCAAAUUAUGUAUUUAAAAAAUAAAUAAUUGACAAUUAAAA